UACUUUACGUCAAUUUAUCAGUCGAUAGUUAGGUAUACACCUACCUACCUAGUCCUCGUAAUAUUUUAAAUAAUAGAAUACUCGGUGUAAAACCGAGUUGAAGUGGGCCUCAGAUUCCAAUUGAUUUUCUACAACAGCCUUGCUUUCCUCGCAAUCGUCCAACGCAGUAGCUCUCAUCCGAAACAUCGAAAUCUCGACAUGACUGCAGUGUAUUUGCAUUUUAUCAAUUACGCAUUGAUUCCAGGUAUGUUGUGUUGAAUCAUGCAUUAAAAGCAUGGCUUAUUUUCCGUUUAUCAAGAUUCGUUCUUUCAUAAAUUUUAGUUUAACCCUCGAGAGAAAAACUGUCCGAUUGUAAAGCCGUGGAAACGCGAUGCUGCGUAGCUUGCAGUGAAAAGCCAGGACAAAAUUUUCACUGCAAUCGUGAGACCAGUCACGUGCAUUGUAAAUAAAUAAUGCGGGAAAAACGGUACUUCCGACGCUGUUAAUAGACCACUAUUCACACGCAAAUCAUGCGAGAUAUUUCGAUUGGGAUACCAGACGUUGGAGUGGCCCCUGUUAAAACACGCACGUGGAAACUGUUUACACGAUGACAGCAGCUGGAGAUAAUACCAACAAGUCUCAGUGGGCUAGGUUUUGAUGGACGUUUAGUGACAAUUUCACACAUGAAAUGAUUCCGAAGUUUGAUUUUAGCCUCAAGAAGAGGGUCAUAAUGAUAGGAGGACUGCAUGGGGUGUUUGUGGCGUAUGGGUUGUUUGAGGCUAUUCGGAAAAUCAUCGAAGAAGAACGACCCGCGACCCAAGGAGAUAUUAUUUAUCUGUUGAUACAUCUUAUAUUCCACCUAUUUCUAAUAGGAACCUUAGUAGUGGGUGCUCUUUGGGGCAAUGCUUUACUUCUUUUACCUUGGUUAGUAGUGAGUUGUCCUGUUUUUGCAGUUCUCUCCUAUUUCAUCAUAAUAUAUUCCACUUUGAGUUACGUUUCUCAGUUGUUAUUCAAUGUAUUUUUCAUAAGUGUGAGUUGGUAUUUAUGGUUUAGCGUAUGUCAGUAUUUUCGACAAUGUAAAAACUCAAGUCACAGAAUAGAAAAUAAUUAUAAACUAUUAAGUGUUCAUUAAUGCCUUAAGAAGGAAUCAUUUUUAGAUAUUUCUAACCACAAAUUAGACGUGCCUAUACAGACUGUGAUCACAGACAAUACGUAUUAAAUAAAAUAUAAGUAGUUUUAGUAACAUAGAUUUAUGCAAUACACCUACUUUAAACUGAUGUUUCGUUUAUUCAAUAAAAUCAGUUUUGAUG